CUGAAGCCGGAGAGCUGAAGCAGUGGAGGCCGUCCAGAGAGGAGCCAUGGAGCCUGUCCUUGAGCUGGACCCUGGACCCCCUGAGGAACCUGAGGACACGUCUCUGGACGAGAGGCGGACCAGGAAGGGGAGAUCUGGUCUGAAGCUGUACGCCUGUGCCACUCUGACCAUAGCGCUGCUGUGUUUGCUACAAGCCACUCUCAACAUCUCCCUGCGCCUGCACUCAGCGACAUCUUGGACGAAGGGGCGAGAGCACUUAAUGGAUUCACUUGAUGAUUUGACACGACUGGGCUGGCUGUAUUUCGACCAGAGUCUCUACUUUAUUUCUACUACUAAGAAGAACUGGGAGGCCAGCAGAGACUUCUGUCUGAACAGAGGUGCAGACCUGCUGGUUAUCAACAGCAAAGAAGAGCAGGAAUUUGUCAGGAGAUUUCAGGAUGAUUCCUGGAUUGGACUGAGUGAUCGCGACACAGAGGGGACCUGGAAGUGGGUGGAUGGUACCAACUUGACUUCAACUGUCUGGCUGCCUGGUGAACCAAACGACUUCCAUGGAGCAGAAGACUGUGCUUUAGCUAAGAAAGGCGGUUGGAACGAUGAUACGUGUGCCAAGUUUUUCUCCUGGAUCUGCGAGAAGAAGGUCGUAGUUCUGGAUCAUCUGGAUGCUGAACUGAAGAAACAGGUGACGCACAAGGAGCAAGAUGAGGCCCCCCACAUCAUAAGCCCCCCCUCCACCAAGAACGUGUCCGUGGGCGACACAGCCCAAUUCUCCUGCCAUGCCAGGGGCCAGCCAGAGCCCACCAUCCAGUGGCUAUACAAAGGCUGGCCCCUGAAGAGGGGCAGGGAAGACCAAUCACAGCCUGCGGUCUUGGGGGACGGGGGGGAUCUCGUCGUCAAAGGUGUGUGGCCUGGUGUGUACACGGUGAGCUGCGUAGCGAACAACAGCGCUGGCACGGCCAAUCACACCACUAAGCUGCUUGUCUUUGGUAAGAUCGGGACCGUGCGCCACAAAAUUCGCUUAGAGGGUUAGUGAGGUAUGUUGAGCUCCAAGCCUGGGUUAGUUGUACCACGAAAGUCGAUCUCUUUUA